GGUAAAGCGUGGUUCUGUACCGUUCUCUCUGCCUUUGGCGUGGUGAUCCUCUCGUUCAUAGCCUACCUCUUCUACACCAACCACGAGUCGAUGAUGGGCUCGAUAAACGACCCGGAGGAUGGCAAAGCAGUUGCUGAGACCGUGGGCACUGCGGCACUGGUGUACGCUGGGUUCUUCGUGUUCUGCGGUGCGCAGAUACUCAUCUACAAGAGAAACGCCCGUCAAAGCGUUGCGCUCCAGUGA